AGAUACUGUCUGGAAGGAAGAUGGCGUCGAGCGGCGGCUGCUCGGGCCCCGGCUGGGAGGUGGCGGUACGGCCGCUCCUUUCAGCCUCCUACUCGGCCUUUGACAUGAAGGAGCUUCCGCAACUGCUGGCAUCGGUGAUAGAGAGCGAAUCCGAAAUCCUUCACCACGACAAACAGUAUGAACCUUUCUACUCGUCAUUCGUGGCGCUGUCCACACAUUACAUCACAACUGUCUGCAACCAGAUUCCCAGGAACCAGUUGCAGUCUGUAGCUGCUGCUUGCAAAGUCUUGCUGGAAUUUUCCUUACUUCGCCUGGAGAGUCCCGAUGAGGCGUGCGCAGUGUCUCAGAAGCACCUAAUUCUACUGAUCAAGGGUCUGUGCACCGGCACCAGCCGCCUGGAUCGGACCGAGAUAAUCACUUUUACUGCAAUGAUGAAAUCCUCUAAAUUGCCACAGACUGUACAGACUCUCUCUGAUGUGGAGGAUCAGAAAGACACAGCCGUACUUCUGAGUCCUGAGCUGCGCCAGAAAGAAGUGAGAAUGAACUUUCUUAACCAAUUGACGUCGGUGUUUAACCCCAGAGGCUCCGCGUCGUCGUCCUCACACACACAGGUGGAAGCUGAGGUGGACGACACAUCGGAUCUGGCAUCUGCAGCAAAAACCAAGAGCAUCUUCAUAGCCCAGAAUGUGGGCAGUCUUCAGGAACUGGGUGGAUCAGAGAAGCUGCUGAGAGUCUGCUUGAAUCUGCCCUACUUUUUGAGAUAUAUUAACCGCUACCAAGACGCUGUGUCCGCCAACUCCUUCUUUAUCAUGCCAGCGACGGUUGGAGAUGCCACAGCUGUUCGCAAUGGAUUUCACUCACUUGUGAUUGAUGUGACCAUGGCACUGGACACACUCUCUCUGCCUGUCAUGGAGCCUUUGACCCCUCCUCGACUUAAAGAUGUCACACUGCUGGCCCUGAGCUGCUUGUAUGCAGGUGUCAGCGUGGCCACAUGCAUGGCAAUUCUUCAUGUUGGGAGUACCCAGCAGGUGCGGACUGGAUCUACGAGCUGCAAAGAGGAAGAUUAUGAAAACGAUGCUGCCGCCAUUGUGCAGAAAUGUCUGGAAAUCUAUGAGAUGAUCGGACAAGCGAUAAACAGUUCCAGAAGAGCAGGUGGAGAGAAUUAUCAGAAUUUCCAGCUUCUGGGAGCCUGGUGUCUGGUGAACAGUCUGUACCUGAUCCUUAACCUGAGCCCCACAGCCCUGGCAGAUAAAGGGAAAGAGAAAGAUCCGCUGGCAGCGCUCAGAGUCAAGGACAUUGCCCGGUCAAAGGAAGGUGUGGGCUCCCCAAAACUGGGCCCUGGUAAAGGACACCAAGGUUUUGGAGUCCUGUCAGUUGUGUUAGCAAACCAUGCUAUCAAGCUGCUCACUUCUCUCUUCCAAGAUCUUCAAGUGGAGACUUUGCACAAGCAAGCCUGGGAUACAGAUGGACCCCUGGCCGAGUUGAGCAUCACAGCGCAGAGCACAUCCAUCCAGAGAAUACAGAGACUCAUCGAUUCCAUUCCUCUGACAAAUCUGCUUUUCACUGUUCUGUCCACGUCCUACCGCAAGGCCUGUGUCUUGCAACGACAGAGGAAAGGAUCUGUGAGUAGUGAUGCCAGUGCGUCCACGGAUUCCAACACUUACUAUGAAGAUGACUUCAGCAGCACAGAGGAAGACAGCAGCCAAGAUGAUGACAGUGAACCUAUCCUUGGACAAUGGUUUGAAGAGACAAUCUCUCCAAGUAAAGAGAAGGUGCCGCCACCGCCUCCACCACCACCGCCUCUCGAGAGCUCUCCCAGAGCUAAAAGUCCAAGCAAACAGAACCCUGCAGGAAAUGGCAAUAUCCUGGCCAGUCGCAAGGAUCCAGAACUGUUCCUCAGCCUCGCCUCCAAUACUCUGAGCUUCAUCACCAGCUGCAUGUUGAAUUCCCGCAGUAAUUUCAUCCGCAAUUACCUGAGUGUGUCACUGACUGAGCAGCAUAUGUCCACCCUGGCCUGUAUCAUCAAAGAUGUGGACAAGGAUGGACUAAAAGGGUCAUCCGAUGAGGAUUUUGCUGUUGCUUUGUAUCAGUUUAAUCAUUGUUUGGUGACAUCUGAUCUUCAGUCUCCCAUGCUACAGAAUGCUCUUCUACAGCACCUGGGAAUAGCCCCGCUCAGUGAGGGCCCUUGGCCUCUGUACAUUCAUCCUCAGAGUCUUUCUGUACUGUCACGUCUCCUGCUGCUGUGGCAGCACAAGGCUAGCAUUCAAGGAGAGCCAGACGUACCCGAAUGUCUCCGUGUGUGGGACAGGUUUGUUGGGACCCUGAAGCAGAAUGCCCUCCAGGGAGUGGUUCCAGGAGACACAGAUGAUGUCAAUGUGGAUCAUCUUCAACUGCUGCUUCUAAUCUUUCACAAUUUAUCAGAGAGGGGGCGCCAGAGUAUCCUAUUGCUCUGCAUACAGACACUGCAGGACUUGGCUAGUAACCUGGAACCCCAGCUGCCGGCUGUCCCCCUUCUCCUUGCAAGGUUACUCCUUGUGUUUGACUACCUCUUGCACCAGUACUCCAAGCCACCACUCUACCUCUUUGAGCAGGUGCAGUACAAUCUGCUUACAGCUCCUCUUAACUCUGGGGUGUCUCAUGACGGAAGUGGUCGCACUUCAGCUUUAUAUUACGGAUUCAAAGAGGUGGAAGAAAAUUGGACAAAACACUGCACAACAGAUGGUGCUCCGCAGCCCCGAUUCUACAGUAUCCUCACCCAGGAGGCCUCUGAAGAUGACUUGCAUCGUCUUGAUGCUGAUGUGUGUGAAGUCCUCUUCUCUCGAGCACUGAAGUAUGACGACUUAUACACUGCCCUCAUUUCUUUACUGGCAGCUGGAUCCCAGCUCGACACAGUACGGAGGAAUGAGAACAAAAGCAUCACAGCCCUGGAGGCUUGUUCCCUUCAGUAUCACUUCCUUAUACUGUGGAGGAUUCUGGGAAUUUUACCACCUUCCAAGCACUACAUGAAUCAGCUAUCACAGAAUGUGUCUGGACGUAGUGAAUGUGAGAUUCUUCACACCUUGCGUUGGGCAUCUCGACUCCGAGUCCCAUCAUACCAGCUCUGGAUAAAGGAUCAUCUUGUGAAACAAGGGAUAAAACCAGAUCAAGCGGCAUCAUUGACAGAGCAAACUUCAGCCAAAUGCAACACUAUUAAAUAUGAUGUAGAAGUGGCUGAAGAGUACAUCGCCCGGCAGAUCUUGACUUACUGCAGCUCUAAUGGAUAUACCUUUGAACAGCUCCGUAAAGGGCCUAAUCUGCAGUGCAUUUACACAUUAGAUGCAAUGAUCUGCAAGGUGCAGGUGUCUCUGGAUGAACAUUUCUCUAAGCUGUCAGCAGAGACUGACCCUCAAAAGUCCUCACAAGUUGCCAAAAACCUCCUGCCAGCUGCCUUACAGCUCCUAGACAUGUAUGCAUCUCUUACCCGCUGUUACUUGCUCCGAAGCCUACCUGAGGAAGGUAUAGAGGAGAAGAAGCUGCAGGGCUACGCAGCAGUGCUUGCAAUUGGUUCUUCCCGUUGCAAAGCGAACACCCUAGGUCCUGUCUUGAUCCAGAAUCUCCCUACUGCUGUGCAGACCUUGUGUGAGUCAUGGAACAACAUUCACACCAACGAAUUCCCCAGUAUUGGUUCAUGGCGCAAUGCCUUUGCCAAUGAUACUAUUCCUUCAGAAAGCUACAUUGGAGCUGUUCAGGCUGCCCACCUCGGCACUUUGUGUAGCCCCAGUUUGUCUCUCGCAGCUUCCCUCAAGCACGUUCUUCUCUCCCUGGUGCGACUAACAGGAGACCUCAUAGUAUGGUGCCCAGAAAAUCAGAAUUCUCACCAGUUAAUCCAGUCGCUGCUUCCUCUUCUUCUGGAGAGCAGCACUGAGAGUGUGGCUGAACUAUGCAGCACAUCGCUGGAGAGAGUGCUUGGGCCGGCAGAGUCUGAUGAGUUCUUGUCUCGGAUGUAUGAGAAGCUGAUCACUGGCUGUUACAAUAUCCUUGCUUACCAUUCUGACCCAAGCUGUGGUCUGGAUGAGUCCAUCCUUGAGGAAUGUCUGCAGUUUCUAGAGAAACAACUUGAGAGUAGCUUGGCUCGAAAAGCGAUGGAGGAGUUCUUUACCGAGAGAGGAGAGCUCGUGCAGAUAAUGAUGGCAACUGCAAACGAGGCUCUUUCCGCCAAGUUCUGUAACAGAGUCCUAAAGUUGUUCACAAAACUUUUCCAGCUCGCUGAGAAAAAUCCAAGUCCCAGUCUCUUGCAUCUGUGUGGCACACUGGCACAGCUUGCCUGUGUGGAGCCGACACAGCUACAGUCUUGGCUGGUCCGUAUGACGACUCCACCUCCCAAAGAUUCCGACCAGACUGAAAUUGUCCAGGAAAACCGACAGCUACUCCAGCUACUUACUGCAUAUAUUGUACGAGAGAACAGCCAAGUUGGGGAAGGUGUGUGUACAGUGCUUCUAAGCACCCUUAUCCCAAUGGCCACAGAGCUUUUGGCUAAUGGGGAUGGGUCUGGCUUUCCAGAACUCAUGGUGGUAAUGGCCACUUUAGCAAGCUCAGGACAGGGUGCUGGACAUUUACAGCUGCACUGUGCAGCAAUGGAUUGGCUGGCAAGAUGCAAGAAAUAUCUGUCCCAGAAAAAUGUUGUGGAAAAACUGAACAACAAUGUGAUGCAAGGAAAGCAUGUUACUAUUCUGGAGUGCACAUGUCAUAUAGUGUCAUACUUAGCGGAUGUUACUAAUGCAUUGAGUCACGGCGCUGGGCAAGGUCACUACCAUCUACCUGUGGAUGGAGAAGAGCGAGCAAUCGAGGUGGACUCCGACUGGGUGGAAGAGCUGGCUGUCGAAGAGGAUGAUUCUCAGGCUGAAGAUUCUGAUGAAGAUUCGCUUUGUAACAAGCUCUGUACAUUCACAAUCACUCAGAAAGAAUUCAUGAAUCAGCACUGGUAUCACUGUCACACCUGUAAGAUGGUGGAUGGGGUCGGUGUAUGCACGGUCUGUGCCAAGGUCUGCCAUAAGGACCAUGAAAUUUCUUACGCAAAGUAUGGCUCUUUUUUCUGUGAUUGUGGAGCUAAGGAAGAUGGCAGCUGUAUGGCCUUGGUUAAAAGAACCCCAAGCAGUGGCAUAGGAUCCACUAUGAAAGAAUCGGCCUUCCAGAGUGAACCUCGUCUGCCAGAAAGUGCUAUCCGACACCCUGGUUCUUCCCUCACAGACAAGGGGAAAGUGACAAUCAGUGACGGAAAAGGGGACGAUGAGAAACCAAAAAGGAGCAGCUUGUGCCGUAACAUUGAGGGCUGCCGAGAAGAGCUGGUGUGUCAGGCCAAUGUUUCGUUUGCACCAUUGAUUCUGGAUAUGUUAAACUUCUUAAUGAGCUCCAUACGGAAUAACUUCCAGCAGGCCUCUGCGGUGGGGAGCAGUAGUCGAGCUCAGCAGGCCCUGGACCAGCUGCACACUCUGGAGAAAAGUGUGGAAAUGACCGACCAGCUCAUGGUCCCUACUUUGGGCUCGCAGGAAGGAGCAUUUGAGAAUGUGAGAAUGAAUUACAGCGGCGAUCAGGGCCAAACCAUCCGACAGCUAAUCAGCGCUCACGUAUUACGUAGAGUUGCCAUGUGUGUGCUAUCCUCUCCUCACGGCAGGAGGCAACAUUUGGCCGUCAGCCAUGAAAAGGGAAAGAUCACAGUGUUACAGCUCUCAGCCCUACUGAAACAGGCGGAUUCCAGCAAGAGGAAGCUCACCUUGACACGUCUGGCCUCCGCACCAGUCCCAUUCACUGUUCUCAGCCUCACUGGAAACCCAUGCAAAGAGGAUUAUCUGGCUGUGUGUGGACUGAAGGACUGUCAUGUCUUGACAUUCAGCGGCUCAGGAUCGGUUUCUGAUCACUUAGUCCUUCAUCCCCAACUCGCCACCGGCAACUUCAUCAUCAAAGCGGUCUGGCUACCCGGCUCCCAGACUGAGCUGGCCAUUGUUACUGCUGAUUUUGUCAAGGUUUAUGAUCUGUCAACAGAUGCCCUCAGCCCCACCUUCUACUUCUUACUGCCCAGCUCGAAGAUUAGAGAUGUCACAUUCCUGUUUAAUGAAGAAGGGAAGAACAUUAUAGUGAUCAUGUCAUCUGCCGGCUACGUGUACACUCAGCUGAUGGAGGAGUCCAGUAGUGCUAUGCAUGGUCCGUUUUAUGUUACCAAUGUUCUGGAAGUCUCUCAUGAAGACUUAAAGGACAGUAAUGGGCAGGUCGCGGGCGGAGGUGUAUCUGUUUAUUACUCGCACGUGCUUCAGAUGCUUUUCUUCAGUUAUUGCCAGGGCAAAUCCUUUGCUGCCACCAUUAACCGAUCUUCACUGGAGAUAAUCCUGCUUUUCCCUAUCAACAUUAAGAGUUCCAAUGGAGGAAGCAAGACCUCGCCAGCACUCUGUCAGUGGUCUGAAGUCAUGAACCAUCCCGGAUUAGUAUGCUGUGUCCAGCAGACUACAGGAGUUCCUCUAGUGGUCAUGAUCAAACCAGACAGCUUCCUCAUCCAGGAGAUUAAGACGCUGCCAGCAAAAGCGAAAAUUCAGGAUAUGGUAGCUAUACGGCACACAGCUAGCAAUGAUCAGCAGAGGACAACCAUGAUUCUUCUGUGUGAAGACGGGAGCCUGCGUAUUUAUAUGGCCAAUGUGGAGAACACGUCAUACUGGCUCCAGCCAUCUUUGCAGCCCAGCAGCAGUAUCAGCAUCAUGAAACCUGUUCGCAAGCGCAAGCCUGCAGCUGUCAUGUUUUCUCUUCUUUCUGAAGUGACACGGGCAUCAAGUCAAGUGACCUUUCCCAUUGAUUUCUUCGAGCACAACCAGCAGCUUACAGACGUAGAAUUUGGCGGCAAUGACCUGCUGCAAUUGUAUAAUGCCCAGCAAAUCAAGCAUCGCCUUAAUUCCACAGGAAUGUACGUGGCAAACACUAAGCCUGGAGGAUUUACUGUGGAAGUCACCAAUAACAACAGCACUAUGGUGAUGACAGGAAUGCGGCUUCAGAUUGGCACGCAGGCCAUUGAGAGAGCCCCUUCUUACAUUGAGAUGUUUGGUCGCACAAUGCAGCUUAAUCUCAGCCGAUCACGAUGGUUUGACUUUCCGUUUACACGAGAAGAAGCGUUACAAGCUGAUAAGAAGCUCACCAUAUUCAUUGGUGCCUCGGUAGAUCCAGCUGGAGUCACUAUGAUAGACGCUAUAAAAAUAUAUGGAAAGACAAAGGAACAGUUUGGCUGGCCAGAUGAACCCCCAGAAGAGUUCCCCUCUGCCUCUGUGAGCAGUGUCUGCCCACCAAACCUGAAUCAAGGCAAUGGAUCCACAGACGGCGAGACUGCAACACCACCCUCAAGUAAUGGCACAGCCAUUGAAAGUUCUGACCCAGAACCUUUAACCAUCUUGGACCGGCUGGUGGGAAGCUCUCUCGAAGCUCUGGAAAGCUGUUUUGCCUUUGGACCAGUGCCUGAGAAGGAGAAAAGCAAAGCUUCAGCUCUGGAACUGGCAACAGUCCUGCUCUCCAUGCCAACACCAUCGAGCGUCCAGCUCCAGACAAAGAGUCUCCUGGCCAGUCUGCACACAAGCCGGUCUGCAUACCAUAACCACAAGGAUCAAGCACUGCUGAGCAAUGCCGUACAAAGUUUGAAUUCUUGCGCUCAUGAUGGAAAGGAUUUGGAUCCAGAAGUAUUCCAGAGACUGGUGAUUACCGCCCGGUCCAUCGCCAUCAUGCGCCCCAACAACCUUGUUCACUACACAGACUCUAAAUUGCUGUCAGGAGAGACAGAUAUUGAUGAAGGCAAAGACGUUGUGAAGACCGGUGAAGGAGAAGAAGUGUACGCCUUCAUUACACAGCUUGUCAACCAGUUUUGGAAACUACAUGCAUCUAAACCCAAGAAUGCUUUUCUGGCUCCUGCUUGUCUGCCCGGUCUUACCCACGUGGAAGCAACAGUCAACGCCCUGGUGGACAUCAUACAUGGAUACUGCACGUGUGAACUGGACUGCAUUAACCUAGCCUCUAAAAUCUACAUGCAAAUGUUGCUGUGUCCGGAUCCAGCUGUUAGCUUCUCCUGCAAACAGGCUUUAAUUCGGGUCCUCCGUCCGCGCAAUAAACGCCGUCAUGUGACUCUUCCAUCUUCUCCACGUAGCAAUACACCCCUGGGUUGGAGAGCUUGGUUUCCUUCAGGUGUGGCUGUCAUUAGGAUGCCUCCGCCAUACAAGGACCUCUUUAACCGAGACAAGGACGACGAAGAUGAUGAUGAAGCAGAGGAUAAGAUCCAGACUUGUGGAAUACCAAAUGGAGAACACGUCCGACAGCAAAGUCAAGUGCAGAAUGAGGUUGACCAUGGAGACUUUGAGAUGGUGGUGAGAAUUUCCGAGUCCAUGGUCCUGGAAAGUGCAGACAGCGUCAACAAUGGUAACCCAUCGCCAUUAGAGGCUCUCCUAGCUGGAGCUGAGGGCUUCCCACCAAUGCUGGACAUUCCACCAGAUGCUGAUGAUGAAACCAUGGUGGAGUUAGCCAUCGCUCUUAGUCUUCAGCAAGAUCAGCAGGGAAGCAGCAGCAGUGCUCUGGGCCUCCAGAGUUUGGGAUUGUCUGGACAAGCACCAAGCUCAUCAUCUUUGGAUGCUGGAACUCUGUCAGACACCACAGCAUCAGCUCCAGCAUCGGAUGAUGAAGGCAGCACGGCCGCAACCGAUGGUUCCACCCUGCGCACCUCCCCAGCCGACCACGCAGGUAGCGUGGGCUCAGAGAGUGGCGGCAGUGCCGUGGAUUCGGUGGCUGGUGAGCAUAGUGUAUCAGGUCGGAGCAGUGCAUAUGGGGACACGACAGUUGAGGGUCACCCUGCAGGACCUGGAAGUGUAAGUUCUAGCACAGGAGCGAUCAGCACCGCCACAGGACAGCAUGAAGGUGAAGGUUCAGAAGGAGAAGGGGAGACAGAAGGCGAUGCACAUACUAGCAACAGACUUCAUAUGGUGCGUCUCAUGCUUCUGGAGCGCCUCCUCCAGUCUAUGCCUAGUCUCCAUACUGUAGGAGGAGUCCGGGCCAUUCCGUACAUGCAGGUGGUAUUGAUGCUGACUGCUGAUCUAGAUGGAGAGGAUGAGAAGGACAAAGGAGCCUUAGAUAACCUCCUGUCCCAGCUGAUUGCAGAAUUAGGUUUAGAUAAAAAGGAUGUAUCUAAGAAGAACGAGCGCACCCCCCUAAAUGAGGUCCAUCUCGUGGUCAUGAGACUUCUGAGUGUAUUCAUGUCAAGGACGAAGUCGGGUUCAAAAUCAUCCAUCUGUGAGUCAUCCUCUCUGAUUUCUAGUGCAACAGCAACCGCUCUUCUAAGUUCUGGAGCCGUUGAUUACUGUCUCCAUGUCCUGAAGUCUCUCCUGGACUACUGGAAAAGCCAGCAGAGUGAUGAGGAGCCUGUGGCUGCCAGUCAGCUGCUAAAACCUCACACAACUGCGUCUCCACCAGAUAUGAGCCCCUUCUUCCUGCGCCAGUAUGUCAAGGGUCAUGCUGCAGAUGUCUUCCAGGCCUACACUCAGCUGCUGACAGAAAUGGUUCUCCGACUACCUUACCAGAUUAAGAAAAUUGCUGACACCAAUUCUCGAAUCCCGCCACCCGUGUUUGAUCAUUCUUGGUUCUACUUCCUUUCUGAGUAUCUGAUGAUUCAGCAGACACCAUUUGUGCGCCGCCAAGUGCGGAAACUUCUUCUGUUCAUCUGUGGCUCAAAGGAAAAAUACAGACAGCUCCGAGACCUUCACACACUUGAUUCCCACGUCCGAGGCAUCAAGAAGUUGCUGGAGGAGCACGGGAUUUUCUUGCGUGCAAGUGUGGUGACGGCUAGCUCUGGAUCUGCCCUGCAGUAUGACACUCUGAUCAAUCUGAUGGAGCACCUGAAAGCCUGUGCGGAGAUUGCAUCCCAGCGAACUGUGAACUGGCAGAAAUUCUGCAUCAAAGAUGACUCGGUCCUGUACUUCCUGCUUCAGGUCAGCUUUUUGGUGGAUGAAGGAGUGUCUCCAGUCCUUCUCCAGCUCCUGUCUUGUGCUCUAUGUGGCAGCAAAGUCCUUUCCACGUCUUCUGGAUCUACUGUUCCAUCAUCAAGCUCUGGGCAGCCAGGAUCUCAGAGUAAGUCCUCUACCAAGAAGAGUAAGAAGGAAGACAAAGAGAAGGACAAGGAAGGCGAGGGGUCCAGUUCUCAAGAGGAACAGCUCUGCACUGCACUCGUCAACCAGCUGAAUAAAUUUGCAGACAAAGAAACUCUGAUCCAGUUCCUGCGCUGCUUCCUUCUGGAGUCCAAUGCCUCUUCAGUCCGCUGGCAGGCUCAUUGCUUGGCGCUGCACAUCUACAGGAAUUCUAACAAGGCCCAGCAGGAGCUUCUCCUGGACCUCAUGUGGUCAAUUUGGCCGGAGCUCCCAGCCUAUGGACGCAAAGCUGCUCAGUUCGUUGAUCUCCUUGGAUACUUCUCUCUGAAGACUCCUCAGACAGAAAAGAAAUUUAAAGAAUAUUCACAAAAAGCUGUGGAGAUUCUGCGAACUCAAAACCACAUCCUGACCAAUCAUCCUAACUCCAACAUCUACAACACGCUUUCUGGUUUGGUGGAGUUUGAUGGAUACUAUCUUGAAAGCGACCCAUGUCUAGUCUGCAACAACCCCGAAGUCCCAUUGUGUAACAUCAAGCUUUCUUCCAUUAAAGUCGACACACGCUACACUACUACACAGCAAGUGGUCAAACUUAUAGGCAGCCACACCAUCAGCAAAGUGACCGUGAAGAUUGGAGACCUAAAACGGACCAAAAUGGUCCGAACCAUUAAUCUGUACUACAACAAUCGCACCGUGCAAGCCAUUGUGGAGCUGAAGAACAAACCAGCACGCUGGCACAAAGCCAAAAAGGUGCAGCUGACCCCAGGACAGACGGAGGUGAAGAUUGACCUCCCACUUCCAAUCGUUGCUUCAAACUUAAUGAUUGAGUUUGCUGACUUCUAUGAAAACUACCAGGCUUCUUCCGAAACUCUCCAGUGUCCUCGUUGUAGUGCCUCCGUACCAGCCAACCCCGGAGUAUGCGGGAACUGUGGAGAAAAUGUGUACCAGUGUCACAAGUGCAGAUCUAUUAACUAUGAUGAAAAGGACCCAUUCCUGUGCAAUGCUUGCGGAUUUUGCAAGUAUGCUCGGUUUGAUUUCAUGCUGUAUGCAAGACCUUGCUGUGCUGUGGAUCCUAUUGAGAAUGAAGAGGAUCGUAAGAAGGCCGUCACCAACAUUAACACUCUGCUGGACAAAGCGGACAGAGUCUAUCACCAGCUAAUGGGUCACCGACCACAGCUCGAAAACCUUCUAUGGAAAGUUAAUGAAGCCGCACCUGAGAAACCACAGGAUGAUUCUGCCAAUGCUGGAGGAAUAAGCUCAACCUCCGCCAGCGUGAAUCGGUACAUCUUGCAGCUGGCUCAGGAAUACUGUGGGGACUGCAAGAACUCUUUUGAUGAACUUUCUAAGAUCAUUCAGAAAGUGUUUGCCUCCCGGAAGGAGCUUUUGGAGUAUGAUCUGCAGCAGAGAGAAGCCGCCACAAGGUCGUCCCGCACCACUGUGCCGCCCACCUUCACUGCUAGUCAGUACAGAGCCUUAUCGGUGCUCGGAUGCGGCCAUACAUCCUCCACGAAGUGCUACGGCUGCGCGUCCGCUGUGACCGAGCACUGUAUAACUCUGCUACGUGCUCUGGCUACUAACAGCACCAUACGCCACAUCCUGGUAUCUCAAGGACUUAUACGAGAACUGUUUGAUUACAAUCUGCGGCGUGGCCCUGCAUCCAUGCGUGAUGAGGUGCGACAGGUCAUGUGCCUGCUAACCAGGGACAAUCCAGAAGCCACUCAGCAAAUGAAUGACUUAAUUAUUGGGAAAGUGUCAACAGCCCUUAAAGGACACUGGGCAAAUCCAGAUUUGGCCAGUAGUCUGCAGUAUGAGAUGCUGCUGCUUACCGAUUCUAUAUCCAAGGAGGACAACUGCUGGGAGCUUCGUCUGCGCUGCGCGCUCAGUCUCUUCCUGAUGGCUGUCAACAUCAAGACCCCUGUCGUGGUGGAGAACAUUACGUUAAUGUGCCUGAGAAUCCUGCAGAAGCUCAUUAAACCUCCAACACCCACCAGCAAGAAGAAUAAGGAUGUUCCAAUGGAGGCGUUAACUACAGUAAAGCCUUACAGCAAUGAAAUACAUGCACAGGCCCAGCUCUGGCUUAAGAGGGAUCACAAAGCAUCAUAUGAAGCCUGGAAGAAAUGUCUGCCGGCCCGAGGAAUAGACACCAGUGGAAACACACCAAGCAAAGCUGAGCUCAGACAGAUGUACCUGCAAGAGAAGUACGUAUGGAAGUGGAAACAAUUCCUGAGCAAGAAAGGCAAAAGGACAACCCCUCUCGAUCUCAAACUGGGACACAACAAUUGGCUAAGACAGGUGUUAUUCACCCCGGCCACACAAGCCGCUCGUCAGGCAGCGUGCACCAUUGUUGAGGCAUUGGCAACCUUUCCCAGCCGCAGACAGCAGGUCCUGGAUCUUCUCACCAGCUAUUUGGAUGAACUAAGUCUCGCUGGGGAAUGUGCAGCUGAAUAUCUAGCCUUGUAUCAGAAACUUAUCAAGCCCGCUCACUGGAAGAUCUAUUUGGCAGCACGCGGCGUGCUGCCAUAUGUUGGAAAUCUCAUCACUAAGGAAAUCGCACGUCUGCUGGCGUUAGAAGAAGCGACUCUUAGUACAGAUCUACAGCAGGGAUAUGCUCUGAAGAGUCUCACAGGUCUCCUCUCUGAAUUUGUGGAGGUGGAAUCCAUCAAGCGUCACUUCAAGAGCCGUCUGGUUGGCACUGUGCUUAAUGGAUACCUCUGUCUUCGAAAGCUGGUGGUGCAGAGAACCAAACUGAUUGAUGAGACCCAGGACAUGCUCCUGGAGAUGCUGGAGGACAUGACUACUGGUACCGAGUCAGAAACCAAGGCUUUCAUGGCGGUUUGCAUUGAGACAGCCAAGCGGUAUAGCCUGGAUGAUUACAGAACGCCAGUCUUUAUAUUUGAGAGGCUCUGCAGCAUCAUAUACCCCGAGGAGAAUGAAGUGACAGAGUUUUUUGUAACUCUGGAGAAAGACCCCCAGCAAGAAGACUUCCUCCAGGGCCGAAUGCCAGGGAACCCAUACAGCAGCAACGAGCCAGGAAUUGGGCCUCUAAUGAGAGACAUCAAGAAUAAGAUCUGCCAGGAUUGUGACCUUGUGGCCCUGCUAGAGGACGACAGUGGGAUGGAGCUUCUGGUGAAUAAUAAGAUUAUCAGCCUAGACCUGCCGGUGGCCGAGGUGUACAAGAAGGUCUGGUGCCCGACUAAUGAGGGUGAACCGAUGAGAAUAAUUUACAGAAUGAGGGGUCUUCUAGGGGACGCAACAGAAGAAUUCAUUGAGUCUUUAGACUCAACGACAGAUGAGGAAGAAGAUGAGGAGGAAGUGUACAAGAUGGCGGGAGUAAUGGCUCAAUGUGGCGGGCUCGAGUGCAUGUUAAACCGUCUGGCUGGUAUCAAGGACUUCAAGCAGGGUCGUCAUCUUCUUACAGUCCUUCUAAAACUUUUCAGCUACUGUGUCAAGGUGAAGGUGAAUCGUCAGCAGCUGGUGAAACCUGAAAUGAACACACUGAAUGUAAUGCUGGGCACCCUGAACUUGGCCCUGGUGGCGGAGCAGGAGAGCAAAGAUAGCGGCGGGGCCGCUGUGGCCGAACAAGUGCUGAGUAUAAUGGAAAUCAUACUGGAUGAGUCCAAUGCUGAGCCACUGAGCGAGGACAAGGGUAACCUAUUGCUCACCGGCGAUAAGGAUCAAUUGGUAAUGCUGCUUGAUCAGAUCAAUAGUACAUUUGUACGAUCGAAUCCCAGCGUGCUGCAGGGUUUGCUACGCAUCAUCCCAUACCUGUCAUUUGGAGAAAUGGAAAAAAUGCAGAUUCUUGUGGAUCGCUUCAAGCCGUACUGCACGUUUGAGAAGUAUGAUGAUGAGCAUUGCACGGAUGACAAGGUGUUCCUGGACUGUUUCUGUAAAAUCGCCGCCGGCAUUAAGAAUAACAGCAAUGGCCACCAGCUAAAAGAUCUCAUACUCCAGAAGGGGAUCACACAGAAUGCCCUGGACUACAUGAAGAAACACAUCCCCAGUGCAAAGAACCUGGAUGCCGAUAUCUGGAAGAAGUUCCUCUCCCGACCCGCCCUCCCCUUUAUUUUGCGCUUACUCAGAGGAUUGGCCACACAGCACCUCCCCACCCAGCAGGCCCUUAUUGGUACAGAUUCCAUCACAAACCUUCACAAGUUAGAGCAAGUGUCCAGCGAUGAGGGAAUCGGGACGCUUGCAGAAAACCUAUUGGAAGCCCUUCGAGAUCACCCGGACGUCAAUAAGAAGAUUGACGCCGCAAGGAAGGAGACUCGAGCCGAGAAGAAACGUAUGGCCAUGGCGAUGAGGCAGAAGGCGCUGGGUACUCUGGGCAUGACUACUAAUGAGAAGGGUCAGGUGGUAACGAAGACGGCUCUUCUGAAGCAGAUGGAAGAACUGAUAGAGGAGCCGGGGCUCACCUGCUGUAUCUGCAGAGAAGGCUACAAAUUCCAGCCCACUAAAGUGCUUGGCAUCUACACUUUUACCAAGAGAGUGUCACUGGAGGAAGCAGAGAACAAACCCCGCAAGCAGCAGGGAUACAGCACCGUCUCUCACUUCAACAUUGUACACUAUGACUGUCACCUGGCAGCCGUGAGGUUAGCUCGUGGCCGGGAGGAAUGGGAGAGCGCUGCUCUGCAGAACGCAAACACGAAGUGUAACGGCCUGCUUCCUGUCUGGGGCCCCGUAGUUCCAGAGUCAGCGUUUGCCACGUGUUUGGCCAGGCACAAUACUUACCUCCAGGAGUGUACGGGUCAGCGGGAGCCCACCUACCAACUCAACAUCCAUGAUCUGAAGCUGCUGUUCCUGAGAUUCGCCAACGAACAGUCGUUCAGCGCAGAUACCGGGGGAGGGGGAAGGGAAAGCAACAUUCAUCUCAUCCCCUAUAUCAUACACACCGUGCUUUAUGUACUGAACACAACCCGAGCUAUAUCCCGUGAGGAGAAAAAUGUUCAGAACUUCCUAGAACAGCCCAAAGAGAAGUGGGUCGAAAGUGCCUUCGAGGUGGACGGGCCCUAUUACUCCACAGUCCUCGCACUACAUCUCCUUCCUACGGAGAAGUGGAAAACCAUCCGCAUAGAAGUGCUGCGCAGGCUGCUGGUCGUCAGCCACGUACGGGCGGUGGCACCCAGUAGUGUAAACAGACUGACAGACAAAGCCAUCAAGGACUAUCCUGUGUAUCGCUCCAGCCUCCUCUUCUGGGCCCUGGUUGACCACAUCUACGACAUGUUUAAGAAGGUACCAAACAGUAACACGGAGGGAGGCUGGUCCUACUCCCUGGCAGAUUACAUCCGACUCAAUGACAUGCCCAUCUACGAGGCGGCAGACAGAGCCCUGAAGACCUUCCAGGACGAGUUCAUGCCUGUAGAGUCCUUCUCCGAAUUCAUGGAUGUCGCUGGGCUUUUAUCCGAAAUCAACGACCCGGACAGCUUCCUCAAGGAUCUUUUGAACUGUAUUCCCUGAGAAUCUCCACAUUCCUCUCCUGGCCAUUGCAGUAGUGUGUUUUUUUUGUUUUUGUUUUAGUUUUUUUUUCCAAUCUUGUAUUUUUGGUGUAUAUGGCGGGGGAGGGGAGUGAAGCGCGUUCCCCGUCAUUAUCAGCUGACAUCACACGUUCUCUCCGGUUCACAUAUAUUCUUUUAUAUCUUGAGUUUUAGAAUCCGUCAUGUCCUCUGGUCAGAAUUGGCUGCCGCUAUUUUGUGUGGGUUGUUUUUUUUUUUCUUUUUUGGGGGGGGGGUGGCGUUUUGGUGUGUUUGCGAAUUUCAGAUUUGGAUGUAGUUGUAAAGCCAAAGUGAAGGGAGGAUUCAAGGCAUAACUGCUGACGAGAAUCCCAGGAGGAGCUGAACCUUCCCUUCACUGCAUGAAAUAUUCAGCCCACCAAAGAAUUAAUUGCAUGCAAAAAGCCCAGCGUCUUGUGACACCCAUGGGUAAGGGUGACCCUCUGAAGACUCCUCCAUGGUUGACAGACCCCAAUCAUUUCCACAUGUGACUUCGACAAUCUGUAUCAUGGCACGCUGCACCCGGUGUAGACAUUGAUGUGCUUGAGCAGCUAUUCAGCGCCUCCAUGCUUGAGUGUCCCCAUCGGGGCAGUCGGCCCGCUUGCCAGUUGAGCCUCCACAGCGGCCAUCAAUUAACAUACGUAACUACCUAGCUGUUGUCUGCUUCAUACAAUAAAUCUCAUCAAAAAGC